AUGUUUGCUGAGUUUAAGAAGUCAAUGUUGGAGAAGUUUGAAAUGACUGAUAUGGGAUUAAUGCAUUAUUUUCUUGGAUUUGAAGUCAUUCAAACUACUAAUGGUGAUAUAGAUGAUCGUAAGAGCACAUCAGGUCAUGUAUUUAUGCUAAAUUCUGGUGCAAUAUUGUGGUCCUCUAAGAAACAGCAGAUAGUGACACUUUCCACAACUAAAUUAGCUGAAUUUGUGGCAGCAGCUUCAAGCUCUUGUCAAGUUGUGUGGCUUAGAAAGAUGUUAGAAGUACUUGGUGAUGAGCAAAAGGGUCCAACAAUCAUCUAUUAUGAUAACAUGUCAACCAUCAAGCUGUCAAGGAAUCCAGUUAUGCAUGAGAGGAGUAAACAUAUUGAUGUUAGCUUUCAUUUUCUGAGAGAUCUGUGCAAGAAUGGAAAGAAUGAAUUGCAAUAUUGUAAGGGUGGAGAAAAUGUUGCAGAUAUUAUGACAAAGCCACUGAAGCAACUUCUGUUAGAGAAGUUGAGGAACAUGCUUAGAGUUUGCUCAUUUCAAAGUAUUGAUCAAGGAGAAACUGCAGAUGAAGAAGACUAUGUGGUGGUCAACAAAUCCUAA